UUUGUUGCACAACAAUUUAUUUCUGAAGUCUCUGUGACAUCACAGGCUGUGUUCUAGAGCAACAGUGCUACUGGCGUUCUUCAAUGGUCGGAAAAUGCGGUUUCUCUAGUGUACAGUAUAGAAAAUCACAACUGAACCACUAAAUUGAACAAACGCCAUAUAAGACGUGUGGGUAGAUGGGGGUGGGGUGUUCAUCAGCCGGCUGGAAGAAGCCCAAAGAGCGCACCAAGAGAAGGAGCAGCGUGGCGCCAUGGCGCGCGAGUUUUGCUGACCCUGACGACGCGGACGAUGACGCACAGAGCACGUAUGAAGAUGCAGAAGAAACAGGAUUGCAAGCAACUCCGAAAGCGAGAGAUAAGAGGUACAGUUUCGAUGACCAAAGUGACAAAGACAUGCCCGACAUCGGUCGUUACGCUAGCCAUGUACCCGACCUUGUCAUGUAUCGAGACCACGACAAACCUAUGCCAUACCGCAAACGGCAGCGAGGGGUCAUCAUGUUUGCUGAUGUUUCAGGGUUUACAUCACUAUGCGAGAAGUACACUCACAGUACAGACAAGGGAUGUGGUACAGAUCAACUGACCAAGACACUGAACAGUUACAUCGGCAGGAUUGUUUCUGGCAUCCUGGCGUGUGGCGGGGAUAUUCUAAAGUUCGCGGGAGACGCUAUAUUUGCUAGGUGGCAGGUCGACACAGGAAAGGAGUUGGGCUCGACCCUGAAGGAAGUGGUAAUGUGCAGCCUGGACAUUCAAUCUGUGUGUGACAACUGGGAGACUGACGUGGGCGUCAAACUGCGCGUUAAGAUAGGUUUGGCCGCCGGAGAGAUGAAGAUCACUCAUUUUGGAAACAACGUGGAGAGGAUAUUUGCCGUGACUGGGCAGUCCGUAACAGAUGCCAACCUGGCCGAGAAGUUCGCCGACUCGGGCACAAUCAUCCUGUCCCCUAUGGCGUGGAAGUUGUGUGACAAAUCCAGUUUUCAGUGGGAGUUCCGGAAGGAUGGGCGCCACGUCAAGGUCUCUGGGCUAAACAGUGACGACGUCAUUUCAAACUCCCUUUCCAUGGGCUCCUCCUUUGGUGAAGCCCGACCGAAGACCCCCGGCAAGCUCUCCAGCACCACGGGUUCCCGUAUUAGGAGAAAAUCGGUUCAGUCGGGUGAAUCGGGCUCGAGCCAGAAGAAGUCACCUGAGCUGGCUUGGAGAAUGAUCAGACGAGAAGCUUGCUACUCAGAGGAUGAUUCGGCUAUGGAAGAUAUCAGAAAAUACAUCAUUCGCCCCGUGCUGCAAAAGCUUGAUGAUGACCAGCCCCUGAUUUACCUGUCAGAGGUGCGACAGGUGUCAGUUGUCUUCAUCAACCUUGUCCACCAGGACAACUUCAACGACGAGCAGGAGUGUGAGGCUUUUCAGGAGGCAUUCGACAUCGUCUACAACAGCGCACACAACAUGCAAGGCUGCUUGAACAAGGUGUUCAUGUUUGAUAAGGGGUGUACAUUUCUGGCCAUUUUUGGGCUUCCGGGAUACAAGCAUGAAGACGAUAGUGCGCAUGCCUUGAAGGCUUCUAGCAAGAUUCUUAAAGACCUACAGCAGAAGGACAACGUCAGACAUGUCUCUAUAGGUGUAACGACUGGCUCUACUUUUUGCGGCGUUGUAGGACACAAAUAUAGACAUGAAUAUACAGUAAUCGGGCGGAAGGUGAACCUGGCCGCCCGUCUGAUGAUGGCCUACAAAGACAAAGUGUCGUGCGACAACGAGACAUACUACCACUCUAAACUACCCAGACACGCCUUCGACGAGCUACCGUUCAUUGAACUGAAGGGAGUGCAGCAAACUACACCUAUGCAUGAAUAUUUGGGAGACGACAGGGACGGGAAGGCACACGCUGCCGAGGUGCCGGAAUACCCCAUUCUUGGAAGAGAAAAAGAGAUGGAGAAGUUUCUAGAUGAACUACACCUGAUGACACAGCAUCUGGAGAAGGGGGAUCAUCGGAGGGUCAUCAUAUUCGAGGGCGAGGCUGGGAUCGGCAAGUCACGCGUGCUGGAAGAGGUGAUCUUGAAGGCAGAGGAAGAGGGGAUCAGGGUCCUGUCAUGUGCCUUGACAAUCCAAGACUUUAACACGCCUUACAUCACGGUAAAGACACUGAUCGACAUGCUGUUCGAUAUAGACAGCAAGGACUCUCACAUUGAGGCUGAACAUCAUCUGUUGAGCAUCAUCAAACACCAUGACGUGGCAGACGAGCUUUGUCUUCUCAAUGACCUCAUCAAUGUCAAGUUUCACGUAACCCCUCUAGUAGCAGCCAUGCGUGGGGAGGAGAGAACAAAGGAGCUUCACAAGUUGUUGUUUAAGAUUGUUCACGAAUAUACAGCAGACAAUUUUGUCAUGUUUGCGGUGGACAACGCUCAUCUGAUCGACCACGAUUCCUGGGAAUUCAUCUCUGAUUUGUCAGAGGACCCGAAUUCGGUCUGCAUCAUGACCAUGCGGCCAUUGCAGCCCAACAAAAUGCCCAACCAGACCGCACUGAGUGUGCUGUACAGCCCCUACACACUGCACAUCAAGCUGUCCGGCCUGGACGAGAGCGUCAUUCCGGACCUGGCCUGCCAAAUCCUGGACGUGGCACAAAUCCCCAUGGAAAUCAAGGAAGUCCUGCAGAAGAGAAGCCACGGCGUCCCAUCCUGGUGUGAGCAGGUGCUUCGUCACCUCUACUUCCAGGGCAGUAUCAAGACCGUCAACAUGGAAGAAGCGCCGCUCGAAUACAGCCGGUUGUCUCAUAAAAGGAGUUCCAUCCGGAAGCAGAGCUUAAGCACAGGUAAGGAUCCAUCGGAAAUGGCGGGCGGCACCAGAAGUCAGACGGGGUCCCGUACAACGGAAGUUGCAGAAACGACGAUGGUGUGCAUCCUGGCACCCGGGGUCAGUCUGGAUGACUUCAACUUACCUGAAUCGGUUAAAGAUAUGAUGGUUGCGCGGCUGGACAGGCUGAACACGUCCGACAACAUGGCGGCCAAGUGUGCCUCGGUCAUAGGCGUGACCUUCACCCGGAGGAUGCUGGAGGCCAUCAUCCCUCAGUACAACAACAGAAAAGUACGCGCGUCCGUCCAGUCGCUGAUGCAGUGUCAGAUCCUGGAGUGUGCCGCCGGUGACGAGGAUGAGCACCGUGUCCACCACCACCACGCGCACCUGGCCGCCUCACAGAAGAUUGAAUGCCGCUGCGUGAAGGAUCCUGGUGAUGAGUCCUUUCUCGUAUACCCAAAAGGUAACCGCUCCAGCCCCGUCGUCGUGGACAUCCACUGCAAGCUACUGCGAUUUAGAUCUCCGCUCAUCCAGGAGACAGCGUACGCCCUGCUCACAGAGGACCAGAGGAAAGCCUUGCACAAGAUGUGCGGCGAAUUCUUGGAGGGACAGGCGCAUAAGUGUAAGGCAUGUGGUGGAGGAGAUUUUGUACACUACCACGGGCAGCAAGGCAGUGAGCCGAGGCAACAGGAAAGGCCGACUGCAACGUCUGGUGCACUAGUGCAAUCAGCCACCGGCAUCGAGGAGUCAUACGCAUCUCUUAAACUCACUCAGUCCAAGCUACAGCCUUCCAUAGAGAAGUCCCCAGGUGCACCGGGUGUUAAGCGCAUGUCUGCUGGUGGAGGGGGAAGCCGCAGACAGAGCUCAUUUGCCGGUCGAGUUCAGAAAAUGGAGAGGGGAUUCAAGGCGCAGGACUUUAGAAGGUCCUCUGAUUUAAGCACUAUGACGAUAGAGCAAGGCAGCGUCACCUCCUUCGGAAGUAAGAUGAGCGGAAGUAGGUUGAGCGUGGAUAGCAAAUCCCGUUCCAGCGCCGCGGGCUUCUUCGGGUCUGCCAGUGAGGUACAGAUGGAGGAAGGGUGGAAGCAGCUGGACAUUGAUCUGCGCGGCUGUGAGUGCCUGCAGGUCCUGGCCUCCGUCUACCCUCUACUGCUACAUCAUUGGAAGGGCGCCGGCAACGUGUCAAAGGUCAUCCACUUCCUGGUGGAAUCAUCGGCGGCUGCAGUUUCAGUCAAUAACAACAUGGAGGCACUUUCCCACCUGUCCGAAGUGUCGGACAUGCUGAAGGCCAUAUCUAAGGGUCGCAAGGCACUGGAGAACGCAACAGAAAGGAGCGUUCGAGUUGACAAGGAGGAAAGGUCUAGGAUUGAGAGUCUUCAGGGUCAGGCUUACUUCCAAAUGGACCGUUUCGAGGACUCCAUGCCACACUUCCACCGAGCGCUGAAGAUCCUCGGAAAUCCCCAGCCUACGACUGAAGCUGGCGUCAGACUGCGACUGCUUCGAGCGGGCUUCCGACAGGUCCUACAUGUGAUGUGGCCCGAUCAGUUUGUAGGAAAAGCCGGGAGUUCCCGCGCCAAUGUGCUGGUGGAGCAGGCCCGGUGUCUGUCGCACGUGUCCCACGCCUACCACAUGGUGCACCAGGACAGGCGCGCCCUGGUCGCCGCCCUGCAGCAGCUCAACGCCGCCGAGCAGGCAGACGACGACCUACAUGAGCUGAUCACAGCCUACACCGCAAUCAUGGAGAACUGUCAGCUGAUGAACUGGUCCAGAAUUGCAGAGGGAUAUGAGAGGAAAGCCCUGAAGAGAUGCAAAGAGGUGGAAUCUAGCCUAGUGGCCGAUGACCUCAUCACAUUGGCGCACCUCUUCAGUGUCAGCAUGUCACUCCGGCUGGGAAGGGGACAAAUUCACCCUGCUGUCGACUCAGGCUACCAUUCCAAGUCAGUUUGUGAGAGGCUUCACGACAACGUGAUGGAGCUUCAGUGCCUUCCGCUGCUGGCGCAGGCACUGCUGUUGGCAAACAGGGAACGUGACAGUGUGGAGGUAGUGCGUCAGUUGUUCUACCUUUCCGAGGAAAAUGAGGACGUCAUUGGCAAGGCGUGGUACUACUGCAACUGCCUGGACCUGCUGCUGGAGGAAGGAGUUGUUCUGGAGAAUUAUGAGGAGUGCGUAGAAUUUACGUCAGAAGCCGCUGAGGACCCGUCGUUCAUGGAUGACGUUAUCCCGCGAUUUUACCUGCUAGCUGGUCUUGCACUUUGUGCCUCACGGAAGGGGAACUGGCACCGAGCCGAGAGUUGGUUCCUGUUGGCAGAAACCAUUCGCCCGCCACGGCUGGAGACGUUUAUGGCCGCCAACGCGUACGCUAAGGUGGUGGAGUGCGAACUGCUAGCCUACUGCAACGCCUUGGUGCUGGGAAUGAAAGUUAUGAUGAUGAGAAAACAGGCACAAAAGGCCAUCAAACAACUCGGCCACGCGUGCCUAGACUUCCCGGUGCUGAAGCCGCGAUGGCUCCACUAUCAGGCGUACUUUCACAUGCUGUCAGGGGACGCCAAAAUUGGACGGGACUUUGUGGAUAAAGCUGUGGAAGUGUGCGAAGAACAUGGCAAUGAGAUGGAGGAAAAAUGGGUGCUAUACAACCGCAGGAGGUGGUUCAAGAAGAGGAAGGUGAAUCAGACCAAGUUUUGGAUCCCCGAUGGGGACCUGGACUGGCACACUAAGGACGACCCUGGAGCCACAGAGAUCAAGUACUGGCUGCCCAUGCCUCCACCUUCCAGCAAGUGGUAGUCUAGGGGGAAAUUAGUAGCUAUAGUACUACAGAAGAACAAAAUGGCAAAAAAAAUAAUGGAUAUCAAGUACCAGGUUUACUUCCUCCAUGAUGCCACAUAUACACAAUAAAAGAUGUGACAACUGACCACAUCAACAUGCA